GCGGAGUUGCCAUGGCGGCGCUGAGCGACCUGGCGUCGGCGCUGGAGUCAUAUAGGGGCCGGGACCGCCUGGUGAGGCUGGGGCGGAGCGCGGCUGCAGGUCCGAGUUGGACCCCCGCUCAGAGAGCGGGAAACUGAGCCCAGAGAGGGGGGCGGGCUCGCUCAGGCUGCCCCCGCCGCCAAGGUCGCUGGCCAGCCGGCCGCCAGCCCUGCCCCCUAGCGGUCGGCCGCGGAGGCGCUUCCGACUGCGCUGCGCACUUUGGCUCCAAUCUUUGCUCGGGUCCGGGACCUGGUGGGGUCUGACCCGACCGUGGAAGCUGGUUGGUUGUUGGAAACAAAAUGCAACUCGGAGGCUUAAGAGUCAGCCGGUGACUGGAGAGUGAGCGUGCCGCCAGAUCCCCAGUAACUGGCUUGUAGAUCCGAACACUGGGGUACGGCUGCCAGCUGGUGGGCGGGGUCCUGGUGGAACAAGGUCCAGCCAGGUCGGAAGUGGGGACCCGCCUGCUGGCACUGGCCUCCCAGCUCAGCCACUGCAGGACCGUGCUGCGACUCUUUGAUGACCUGGCCAUGUUUGUCUACACCAAGCAGUAUGGCCUGGGGCCCAAGGAAGAGGACACCUUUGUCCGCUGCAUGUCGGUGCUGGGCAACAUGGCUGACCAGCUCUACUACCCCUGUGAGCAUGUGGCCUGGGCUGCCGACGCCAAGAUCCUGCACCUGCGCUCGGCCCGAUGGUGGACACUGAGCACGGCUUUCUGGGCCCUCUCUCUGCUCCUGGGCAUUGUCAGGUCUCUGUGGGUGAUGCAGAAGCUCAGGCAGAAGAUGAGGAGUCCCUCAGCAGCGUUCACUAGCCGGCUGCCCCGGAGCAAGCGGCGGACGCUUGAGACGCAGCUGCGCGCGGAGCUCCUGGUGCUGGUCAGCAACCUGGCCGACCUGGCCAACGCCGUGCACUGGCUGCCGCCGGGUGUCCUGUGGGCUGGCCGCUUCCCGCCCUGGCUGGUGGGCCUCCUGGGCACCGUCUCCUCCCUCCUCAGCGUGUACCAGGCGGUGCGGGCAGGGGCCCAGGCUGAGACCGUCACCCCCUGAGCCGGCUGGCCGCGGAAGGAGCAGCUGGAACCGCGACAGUGGGCCCCCUAUCCCCAAGCAGCAAUCACUGGGUCAGGGGCUGUAAUUGAGCAAAUCAAAGCAGGUGUGGGGUGAGACCUUCCUGAGCACCCCCCCCUCCAGAAUGCAGAGUGGGCUGGGCCCAACCCAGCGAGGGGGGGGCGGGUUGUGUCUCCCACUCUGUGCUGGGGAGCAGGUCCUUUCCGCCAACCCCCCUGUGGGGAAGCUUCCCAGGGCCAGUGGGCCUGGAGCCGAGCCUGGAGAGCAGAGGGAGCUGUGGGCAGCGCGCAGGGCUGGGCCGGGAGUCCGGGCCCUGUGAAUCCUUAGAGCCGGGUGGAGAAUCAUUAAAAUCCUGUGGUGCUGGUG